AUGCAGUCCAUCAUGGCUGCCAUUCCUCUCUUUACGCCCUCUAAGCCAGCUCGAUCCUCACCACGGACUUCGCUAGGCACAACUCCAGUUAGUAGCGGCACAUCGCGGGUCAAAAAGAGCACGCCAGGAUCAAAGAGGCGACAGUCGUAUCCGAAAAGACAGGCCGAAGAGGCGGCAGCUUUACAGAAGGGGACUAUGGAUGACAGCGAGAUUCACAACAUCAGUGAUUCGGUGCAACUUGAGCAGGACGAGGUGGCAUCAGCAUCCACUCCCCGUGCGACUCCACGCUCUCUGAGUAGCAAAAAGGCAGCAGAUACAACGAGACCAGCCCGACGCAGUGGGCGCAUUUCGGAGAUUCUAGAUCGGGCAGAUAUUGGAGCAGAGGAGCCACCAGAGCCAGAGAGAUCGGUGAGGUCGGUGAAGCCAAGGAAACCAGAAGAAGAAGAAACGGAAUACGAAUUCGACGGCUUCGCUGGAUAUCGCUGGGCCGGCGACUCCAUCGAGCUUCAAGUGAAAUGGGUGAGGGAUGAAGGACACGAUGACAGCGAGGAAUGGGAAGACGCUGAAGAAUGGGAACGUGGCAAGAUGACUUGGGAGCCCGAAAGACAGCUUCACGAAGAUGCUCCCGAGUUCCUGUUUGAGUACUGGCGCUCACAAGGGGGACGGCCCGAGAACCCAACAGACCCAGGGUUGUAUGAGAUCUUUGCUGUUCUCAAGCACAACAAGAACCGCACCAGAUUGCUCAUUGAAUGGGUUGGGUAUGAGCGCUCAGAGGCUACCUGGAUGCUUCAAAAGGAUAUCCCCAAAACGGCACAGGAUAUCGUGGAUGACUACUUUGCUGGUCUAAAGACUAAGGGUAAGAAGAAGUGA